AUGCGGACGCAGCCUGAUCCCAUUGGGGGAUUAAAGGCUGUCACGCUGAACACCACCACUGUGUACCUGAACUGGACUCGACCUCAGGGCACCCAGUCUGACUACUCUUACAGGGUGGAGACCACUGGGUGCACAUCUGCCCCAAAGAACCAAUCGGAGAACAGGGAGAGUGCUUAUGUCACAGAUCUGAGAUCAGGGUCCAACUGCACCUUCACAGUGUAUUCCCAGGUCGGGAAGGACACUGAGGGAAAGCCCGUUUCAACCUCUCAAUACACAAGCACCGUAGAAAAGUAUGUGGUAAACUUGACCAGCAGCGAUGGCGAGAGCUCAACACAGGAACUGAACUCCACUGUCCGGUCUCACGAGUUCUCUGGCCUGAUGGCUGCGGAGGUGUACUCCGUGAAGCUGAAUACGACCAGUGGGCCCUUCACUGAAGAAUCGGAGCCGGUUUCAAACGCAACCUAUCCAAACCAGCCUGGACAAAUCACAUUAAAGGAGAGGACCACCAACUUCAUCUUCUUAGAAUGGGGUGAAGCCCCUGGCAAUGGCUCUUUCAACUACAGUGUGGUCUACCUGCCAGCUGCCAACGCCACCAUCACCCAACACUGUAACACUGUCAAUCUGUCAGACCUGGCACCUGGGACCGCCUACAGCAUCUCCGUCUCCACUGUUGGUCCACUGCGCCUCACCAGCCUGCCAGUCCGGAUCCAGGUCACAACUAACGCGGCUCCAGUGACUGAUCUGAGCUGCAAGGGGCCCAACCAGACUGAUGCCGUGCUCGUGCUCUCAUGGUCGAAACCCAGGGGCACCAACCUAGGGUUCGAGGUUCUUCUGGACAACAGCAGGAGUCCGGAACGGACCAACAGCAGCUCCCACAACGUGACAGAUCUCUUUUACAACACUGAGUACAAUGUGAUGGUCUGGACCCUCGGUUGUGGGAAAAAAAGUGUAGUCACUAAGAAGGUCUGCAAGACGGGUAUCACAGCUCCGCCUGCUCCUGACACUGCGGACGUGUCCAUCACUGAAAAGGAGCACGACAAAUUUACUCUGCGACUGAGCCCCGCCCUCUUCAAUGAGACCCAUGGCCCAAUCGUGAACUACGGCGUACUGAUUUGCUUCUUGUUGUUUUUUCUAUUGUUUUUUCACAGAGCAAAAGUGAGUGUUCCUGUGAAAGUGGAGAACUACGAGGCUUACUACAAGCAGCACCGGGCGGAUUCCAACUGUGGCUUUGCUGAGCAAUUUGAGAAUCUGAAACCCGUGGGCGUGGCUCAGGCCAAGGCCUAUGCAUUAAUCCCGGAGAACAAAGGAAAGAAUCGCUACAACAACGUUCUGCCCUACGAUUCUUCACGCGUCAAACUGUCAGUCAAUGGAACCCCGCAUGAUGAUUACAUCAAUGCCAACUACAUGCCGGGCUACAACUCCAGAAAGGAGUUCAUUGCAGCGCAAGGUCCUCUGCCCAGCACAUUGAACGAGUUCUGGAGGAUGAUCUGGGAGAAGAACGUUCACACUGUGGUGAUGCUGACAAGAUGCAAUGAGCAGGGACGGGUGAAAUGCGAACAGUACUGGCCCUCUGAGACCCAACAAUACGGCAACAUUGCGGUGAAGACCACCUCUGACAUCCGUCUGGAAGACUGGACUAUACGGGACUUCAGUGUAAAGAAUCUGAAGGCGGCGGAGACCCGCAACGUUCGCCAGUUCCACUUCACAGCCUGGCCGGACCACGGGGUUCCCGAAACCACAGAGCUGCUCAUCAACUUCAGGCACCUGGUGAGAGAGCACAUGGACCAGUACUCCCGCUACUCCCCGACUGUGGUGCACUGCAGUGCCGGAGUAGGGCGAACAGGAACCUUCAUCGCCAUAGAUCGGUUGAUCUUCCAGAUUGAACACGACAGCAUUGUGGACGUGUACGGCGUCGUCCACGACCUGCGCAUGCACAGACCCCUCAUGGUCCAGACAGAGGACCAGUAUGUUUUCCUAAACCAGUGUGCCCUGGACAUCAUCAGGUCUAGGACUGGGACCAACGUGGACCUCAUCUACCAGAACACAGCGGCACUGUCCAUUUAUGAGAACUUUGAACCAAUGAAGCCAAAAAAUGGCUACCACAAUGCCUAACCAAUGCCCCUGUUUUCACUGAGGCCAUUAUUUCAAAAAGGGAAAUUCUUACACAGAUGGUGAUUGUUAUAUUUAUUUUUCAACUCUAUUGGAGAGUACGUCGAUAGACUACUAUUUUGAAUUCUUGUAUAAUUACAUUUCAGGUAAGCAUGAGAUCAUUUUACAAGUCAAAACAAAGUGACAAUGAAAAUGCACUGUUGAAAAAGGGUUCAUCCUGACUGAAAGUUUGGAAAAUAUGAAUGAACAUGGAGUUUGUGGAAAGAUAUUUUUACGGUGAUAUACUUUUGCUACAUUCCAACAUGGUCGUCAUACUAGAGAUGAUAUGCUUGUUAUCAUGGUGUGCAAUCCAUAAUCUUUAGUUGUAUUUAUCCUAUUCUGCUGAAAAAAUAUUUUUUUGAAAAAUAUUGAUUUGCCAAGGUAUCAUUCUCAGGAUAUAGUGUAUUUUUUGCUGCCUGUCAUGAGAUAUGUCACGCCUCUAUUAAAAGAGGAUUUUAUCAGAUACUGUUAAAAAAUUUCAAGUGAAGGUUUCUGUGUGCUUUCUCUAGCACAUAUUUCUAUGUCAGAGAUUAUGUAAUUAUGAGAUUAAUUUAUAUAUUUUCCAUUAAAAAUGCUUAUAAGGUCAGCAUUUAAUUUCAGUUUAGACUGUAGCUCCUCUUUUGUGUGCACUGUAACCCUGUGGAAAGUAGAUCCCUUGACAGUAGAUCCCCACUGGCACAGCCUUCUGUCAGGCCUAGAUGGAAGGAGUACUGCUGUCACAUUCCACCACAAAGCCUCCAUCAUACCAAAACAAUGAAGUCCAAACCAAUUUAAGGUCUCAUAUAUCAGGACUUGGGGGGGUAGAACAAGGACGCACUCAGUGUGUCAUUGAUGCGUAGCACCAUGAGUGCUAAUAGUGGAGAAUCUUCAGAUCGCUAAACAUGUUUGAGUGUGAGUGCCUGAGUGAGUUACACGCCAGGUCCAUGAGGUGCCUCACAUCUAAAAAUAUAAUUUAACUUGAAAGGCCUCGUGCCUAUGGCAUGUGCAGAGACGCUGUAGACAGUGAUAAAAGCCAAGCCUGAAAAUGAAAGUGUAUCGAAAUGAAUACUAGAGCUGACUGCUCUGUACAAAGCUACUGUAGUGUCAGUGCUUUUUCUGAGGUCUAUUGAGCAAAAGGCAUUGACAGCACUGCUCCCACGAAUGCACUGGCUGCAUUAAAUUUUUUUAGCCUCUAUUUCUUUGUAAUUGUGUAAAAAAAAGUGUAACGUUUUGCAAUGCGAGGAUAAGAUGUAAUGAAUAUGGAUGAAGUGCAGUGACUGCUGUUAUGUGCUAUUGAAAUAUGAAUCCGCAUUUGUGCAAUAUCACAUGUAUCUUGCCUUGUUGCUUUCUUUUUUGUAAUUGAAUUGAAUUGAAUUGAAUUGAAAUUGCUAAGCCCCGUGCAUCUGUCAUAUAGCAAUCAUAAGCCAUGUGGUUAUGACAUGAGAUCAUGGGCUAUAACCCUAUACUUACUGUUACCUUUAUUGCCUGUAAUCCAUAAAUUCCAAAGUAUGGAAAAUAGCCAAGGAAGAGCAGCAGGAGGUCUGUGGUGUUGAAAUCUGGUUGGCUGACAGUAAUGAGAAUAAACCAGGGAUAGAUUUUUGAGCUGUAAAACUUGUAGGAUGACAGCAAAAUAUCAAGUGUUAAAUCAACAGUGCAUUUCACACCCGUUGAACUCUUAUAGAGUGAAUUUAGUACUUAAUGGGCUAGUUUCACAGAUGCAGGUUAAGUUUAGUCCUGUACUAAAUUGAAUCUUAUUUCUUAUUUUCCACAGUUUCACAGAGAUAAAAUGACUGAAAAAAUUAAAAAAUAGAUCUCACACAGGGAAUUGGUAUAAUGACUAAAUUGGGGAGAAAAUGGCAAAAAUAAAUAAAAUAAAAAUAGAUCUCAAUCCGGGCGAACCUACAGCACUCCCGAAUCUUGGUUUAGUCCUUGUAGCAGGAAAACUUGAACUUUUUUAACAUAGAAAACCCAUAACAAAUGGUUCUCAGAAAUGUGGACAUGUGGUUUGUAGAGCAAUAACUCUUGCCCUCAGAUAUAUUUAAAUAUUUUUGAAAAAGUUGUUUCCAUUAAACUGUUUCCAUUUUUUUGUUCCACACUGUUAUGAGAAGGGAUUGACCAUGUGGUUCAUAAAAGAUUUAUUUCCUGUACUUGUUGAAUAUGUGAAUUUCAAUGAUGAAACAAUUGUCAUCAUGCCUUUCAUGCCACUAUUUCAAAAGUAUUUCUACUUUUUUAUGACUUGUGUUGCUCCUAUAAAUGCUCACACACUUCCAUUCCUGUUGUUUUACUAGUGUUUGUAAAUUAGAUAUUAAUUUUAUUCCUUAUUCAAAGUCUUAAUGUAAUUCUGUUCAAAAUGUAUAAUGCAGGCAGGUACAAUAUGAAAUGUUAGACAUGUCUAUGCAGUCUGGGAUUUUAAAAAAUGUUGCACUUUUAAAAAGUGUGUGUGUGUGUGUGUGUGUGUGUGUACACAUGUGCUUGUGUGAGAUAGGGAGAGAAUUUGAAAAUAAAAAGUGCUGAUACUAUACAUUUGAUUAUUAAAUAAAUCUAUGCAUUCUAAAGA